UAAAUUACCAACUACAAUCAUUGGGUCUCAGGAUUAUUUUCUGAUCUCCAGGUGUCAAAAUGUUAUUUGAGAUCAUAUUUAUAGAGAUUUAGAGAAUUUAUCAGAUAAUUCACACCAUGCCUUCCUCCGGCAGUUUGACCUUAUUUCAGCCUUUUGUCUGUCACAAAGUUCGUCGUGUCCUUCAGACGCUCUGAAAGACAUAAAUCUGGUCUUGUGUGAAGCAACAACAAUGGUAAAGGAGGAAACAAACGUCAGGCGGUCACCUUGUUGCCCCUACCUGUGGACAGGUGAGGGGAGGGACACAGAGCCGGCCCCAGGAUCGCAGAUUACGCUCGGCUUUGUCUCGCUCCGUUCCUCAUUGUGCCAAAGUUCAGAUCUCACAACAAACGGAGAAAGAAGACACUGAACUUCAGCUCAGGGUCAGCUUUCACAUUUAUGAGGACGAGCUUUUCAGAGCUCUUUAAUCUGCAAUGCGCCAAUAAAACCUCUGCAGUUACAGCCAGUUCUUGUUGAAGCAAAGCAUCAUGGUCAACAGGAAGUCAGAGGUCCAGCGAAGGAUCGUGUCCAAAGACGGUCACAACAAUGUUCAGAUCGACAACGUGGAAGGAAUGGUCAAGCUCUACCUGCACGACAUCUGGACGACGGUGGUGGACAUGAAGUGGCGCUACAAGCUCACUCUGUUUGCCUCCACCUUCGUCAUGACCUGGUUCAUCUUUGGAGUCUUCUUUUUCUUCAUCGGCAUGGGGAACGGAGAUUUUGACACUUGGCGCAAUUCUACCCACACACCCUGCGUGAUGCAAGUGGAAACUCUCACCGGAGCCUUCCUGUUCUCUCUGGAAUCGCAGACCACCAUAGGUUACGGUUUCCGGCACAUCACUGAAGAGUGUCCUCUGGCGAUCUUCACGCUGGUGGCUCAGCUCGUCACCACCGGUCUGGCUGAGAUCUUUGUCACCGGUGCCUUUCUGGCCAAACUGGCCCGACCCAAGAAGCGAGCAGAAACGAUAAAGUUCAGCCAGGUGGCGGUGAUCUGCAGGCACCAAGGCAAGCUGUGUCUGAUGGUGAGAGUGGCCAACAUGAGGAAGAGUCUGCUGAUUCAAUGCCAGCUCACCGGAAAGCUGUUUAAGUCCAAUGUGACAGAAGAAGGAGAGAAGACGCAGAUCCACCAGAGCUCCGUAGAUUUCUACAUGGACACCAGUGGAGACUGUCCGUUCCUGAUCCUCCCGCUCACCUUCUAUCACAUUAUCGAUGAGAAGAGCCCAUUGGCAGGACUGACCCCAGAAACCCUGAGCAACCGAAACUUUGAGCUGCUCAUAACGCUCAACGGCACCAUGGAGUCGACAGCGGCCACGUGCCAGAGCCGCACCUCCUACGUCCCUCAGGAGAUCCUGUGGGGCUACGAGUUCACACAGGUGCUGUUCAGCUCCUCCAACUGCCGCUACGUUGUUGAUUUCAACUUUUUUGACAAAGUACAAGCGAGCAACGACCCCGCCUUCCCUGGCAGCAGCACAGGAAAGAAAUAAUUGAAACAAGACUGAGAGGAAAUUGUGGAAGCUGUUAGUUUUACAGUGCUGUGAUCUUUCAUGUCAAAUGAAUUUUCUAUGUCUUGGUCAUAGUCUUACGUAAGAAAAGACAAAAUCAGUAAGAGGUUUCUUACUCUUAGUUUAUUUUGGUUUGAUCAGAGGUUUUAAUCUGUCAUAUCUUAGAGCAAAUGAGUAGAAGCAUAACAAAGGGAACCAAAGUUUUCAGAUAAGAAACUGAUACCCCAUAAUUUGAGUAGAUGUGUAUAAAACUGUUUGUUUACAGUUAGUAAAUCAAUGCAAGAAAGGGAACUUAUACAAAAUGGAGGAAAUGAAGUGUUGAAGAGGCAAAUUGAGCCUGAGGUAGUUAUCACACCAACUCUGUUUUAGAACGU